GCACGGGGGUAUGUCCCGCCACGUAUCGUGCGUGCCAUGCGUCGUCGUUCGUCACGCCGUCCACGAGAGGGUGUCCGUUCGUCGCGUUGCGUGCCACGCCGGCCCGGCCACGCCCCUACCUCACGCCAUUGCUUCACGCCGGCUGCCUCCUUUCCAGAGCGGCGCAGAAGACGUCAAACGACACAGGUGGUUCAAAAAUACCAAUUGGGAGGAGGUUUACUACAGAAAACUCAAGCCGCCCAUCGUACCCAAAGUAUCGUACGACGGCGACACGCGGAACUUUGACGACUACCCGGAGACGAACUGGCAGAAGGCGCCGGCCGCCAGCGAGAAGGACAUGCGACACUUUCUCGACUUCUAGCGAGGUGCAGCGGGUGUGCAAUGGACCUGGCCAUACGGCCACGACUGUGUGGCGUGCGCCGGCGUGUCGAGCCGCGCCGUGCCGUGCCGUGCCGGGCCGGGCCGUGUCGUGCUGGGCCGGGCCGGGCCGGGCCGAGCCGUGUCGUGUCGGCCGGACGCUGGGAGGCGGCACGUCAACACCGCAUGAGUGGCCCGCCACCCAGUUCGUCGGCGUUUGGUCGAUGGCCGGCAGGGUCACGACCCCGGCGUGCCGUGGGCCGACACCGGCCGCCCCACCGCCGGCAGCGGUCGUGACCUGCCGUGACCUGCCGUGACCCCGCCCCGGCGGCCCGAGUCGAGGACACUGUUGCCUGGCUCAGCUGGAGCGCCGCUCCCCCGUGGUGCUCUGGCGACCGUGGCGCGCGUGUGGGAGGCGGUGGCGCCUCCGGCGCUGGCACGGUCCGUCCGCGGGACGAGCGGUCAGAGUUCGCGCGCCAUGUGGUUCGCAGCCGGCUGGGAUUGGUCGGCCGAGGUGCUUCCGCGAGUGAUGCCUAUUUAUAUCCCCUCGGGCGACGCGUUCCGUGUGGUCAGUUGACGUUUGUAGCGGAGUAUGUUUAGACAACGGCUAGGACUUACGUGUUUCCUGCGACAAUACCGCGCUGUCCCGUGAUGCCAACAGACUGAAGAAUAAGCUGUGUAAAUGA